CCAAGAUGAAUGAUUGGAUGCUUCUCGACACCCGCUAGACAGCAUUCCCCAAUCCAUGGCAAGGACCGGGAUGCAGCCGAGCUUUGUAGCCUGAACCCGGAUAUCUUGAGGGACUUUCUUACUGCGCCUAUACGAAUUUCUCUUCUACCCCGGAAAAAGCACUUUUGCGCGUCAAAAUCGGGGCAGAUUCUUCGCAAUAAAACCCAAGGAAAAUCCGAGAAAAAAGGCCCAGAAAGAGAUCGAAUUCCACAUGGGUUUUGUGGGUUUCCUCAAGUUUGCUUUCAAAUGCUUCGAUUUGCUUGCUUGGCCUCUCUUUGGUCUGGGCUGUCCUCUGUAUGCCUCGAUUCGGGCAAUCGAGAAUAAUUCCAACUCGGAGAUGAGAAAUUUGGUGGCGUAUUGGAUUCUUUUCUCUCUGGUUUCUCUCUUUGAGCUUGCUUCUGUGAAACUUAUUGACUGGCUUCCAUUCUGGCCUUACAUGAAGCUAAUGGCCAUGUGCUUGUUGGUGCUACCUGAUUUUAAUGGUGCUUCUUAUGUUUAUGAGUGCCUACUUCGCCCAUGCUUAUCUGUGGAUCCGCGAGCUGCUAUCAAAUACUUUAUUAAACCCAAGGAGGAAAAACUCUUUCUAGCUCUGGCAGAGAGGUAUGUUAAAGAAAAUGGAUCUGAAGCUUUGGAGAAAGCUUUGGAGAAACUCCUUGAUCGAGAGUCCAAGCAUACGAAGCAUGACAUUGGCGUGGAAGAGAUCAAGGCAAUGACUAAUACAGAGGAAAAGGGAACAGCUACAGCAAUCCAGUCCAAGUACGAAGAACCUAAUGUUGGCAAAUUGGAUGCUAGAGCAGUGGAACAACCAGAGAAAAGUCCAGUUGCUGCAACAAAAUUGUCCAACGUGGAAGAGCCUAGUGUGGGUAAGGAGAAUGCCACUAUGGGGCAAUUGAAAGAUGAAAGUCCAGCAGUUGCAACAGAACAGUCCAAGCACACAAAGCCUGACAUUGGCGUGGAAGUGAUGAAGGCAAUGACUUUCACGGAGGAAAAGGAAACAGCUCCAGCAAUCCAGUCCAAAUACGAAGAACCUAAUGCUGACAAGGUGGAUGCUAGUGCAGUGGAACUACCAGAGAGAAGUCUCGUAGCUGCAACAAAAUUGUCCAAAGUGAAAGAGCCUAAUGUUAAUAAGGAGAAUGACAAUGCGGGGAAAUUGAAGGAUGAAAGUCCAGCAGUUGCAACAGAACAGGUUAAGUGUGUAGAGCCUAAUCUUGCUACAAAAGAGAAGAAAACUGUUGCCACUGGGGAAAUCAAAGAGAAAACAGUGGCAACAGCUGUUGGAGAGAGCAAAGCCGUGGAGAUAACCGAUUCGGAGAAAGUUCAGAGAGAGUGGACUUGUGCUUUAUGUCAGGUGACAACCACAUCUGAGAAGAUCUUUUACUCUCAUCUUGAAGGGAGAAAACACAAGGCUCAAGAACUGAAAGCAAGUAAGCAAGUGAACGAAAACGAGGGUUCCUCCUCUUCGGUAGCCAGUCCGGAGCCAAAGGAGACCCCUUCUGUUGAUAGGCUGAACGAAGAUGGAACCAAGAAACAAGAAUAUAAAUUUCAGUGCACUAUCUGUGAUGUUAAGAUGCAUAAUGAGAUUACUUUGGUCUCUCAUCUUGGAGGGAAGAAGCACUUAUCCAAGACUCUGCAACAUAUAAACGAUACUGUGGGUGGAGGGUUUUAUUAGGAGUAUGGAAGAAGUUUAGUUUGAAAUUCAAGCUGCAAUUUCUAUGGUGUUUUGUGGUUGGAACAGGAUGGUAAUGGAAGUGAUGGGCGAACAAGUUAGAGAUUAACACUGCUGUCUCCUAUUUACGACGGAGAUUAUGGAGUUAUUUUGAUGAUUUCAGUUGUUCUGGGCAGAGAGCUUGGGCAACAGGGAUGGUCCCCUUGAGCCCUGUAUAUCAUAUCACAAUUAUUAGUAAGCCCGUUGGACUACCAAGUGAUCAAAUCUACAUAAUAAUACACAAUAGUGUGGGAACAAGUUGUUAGAAUGACUGAGAUUGAUUUGAUCCAAUGGUUAAGAGGCAUUCUUCCAAUUCUA